GGGUUAAUCACCCUGACCCCUCCUCCGUACCUCCUCCUGGGCAGGGCUCUCCCUGCCACCCUCCCAGACUCGAAGGAGCCCCGGCAGAACAUCCCAGUCCGCCCCGGAGCCGCCGGCAUGCUCUGCCCGCUGCAGCUGGCCCGGAGGGGCACCAGGUCCCUCUAGAUGCUGUUGGGAUGUGCCCAUGGAGAAAACUGUGCUUUCCUAACACCUGGGUCAUGGACAGUUAAUGGGACUUUGGUUUCUGGCCAUGCUGCAGCAUGGAUUCACCUGGGAAUGGGAUGGACAGGUGGACUCGCAGGCAAGGUGGGAGAAGUGGAGAGCUGAUGGAGCCUGCACCUCCUCCUGGAAACGGUACCCACCUCUCACCAGUGAAGCCCAUCGGCAGUGCAGACCACCUCCUGCAGCUCUCUGCAAGGGCUGACUCUGCUUACAGCUCCUUCUCAGGCGGAUCAAAUGCUCCAGAGUGUCCCACCCCAUCCUGCUACGGGGAGAGCUGCUGUUUGCCUCCGGAGCAGGGACCGUACAUGGACUCGGACUAUGUAAGAGGCAUUUACCACCUCAGUGCAGCGAACCCUGACCUCAGAUGCCAGCACCCACACAAGGCACCGGACCUCAGCAUCCAUAGCCACCCUCCCAGCAUCAGCCUUGCUGGUGGAAGCACUCCUGCCCGAGGGACCUCAAAUCAGGGAGCUCUGGGGGUGCCUCCCCCUUCUCCUCCCUCCCGACUCGAUAGCUACCAAGUCACCAAGCACCUGGAGAAGUCGAGAGGGAGACGCAGCUCUGGAAGCCACCGGGAGUGCGGCGGGCAGCCAGCUGCCUGCGUGCAGGAUGCCCAGCCCGGGGGCAGGGAAGUGCCACGGAGCCCGGGCAGGGGUGCAGAGCAGGAUGCGAUGGCUGCUAAGGCACAGGCUCUGCAAAGCGAGCACCCUUCUGUCCAUGCUACCGGUGAGGAGCUCGUAGCUAAAACUCAGGGGCUGAGGAUGGAGGAAAACGGGGAGUGGAGCCUCUGCCAGCAUCCUGGGAAGAGAAGCAACCCCCACAUCUCCAGCAGGCCUUCCUCCUUCAUCUUUCAAGAGUACCUAAGGGCUGACUCCGUGGCCAACGUCCCCAGGAUACUUUCUGUUUGCAGUUCAGUCCAGGCUCACAGAACUCCUGAAGAGAUGAACGCUCUCAAGCCCUACCGCCCGGUGCACGCCAGCCUCAGCUCUGUUAAUGAUCCACCAGGGGACAAACCGUGUCCCUGCGCUGUGCCUAAGCCAACCCUCGGGGCAGCAGAGCCCUGCCAGCCCACGGGAUCCUCCUGCUGUGCUCAGUGCCCACGCAGAGCUGGCUCGCAUGCAGACCUGGAUCAAGAUGUGUUUGAGGAUGCUGGGGACUUAAAGUGCCUCCAGAACGGUCCUCUAGCUCAAAAUGCUUCCAGGAUGCUGAAGACCUGCACAGGUGGAAAUCAGUGCUACGAGCCUUGGGGGGGCACUGGGGGUGAUGGCAGGGAAGUGCUCUGGAGUCAGCAAGGCAGGCUGCAGAGGGCAUCGCUGCCCUCCGGCUGUGAUGCUGUGCAAGUGGAGAGCCCUCGGUGUGAGGAGCUGGAUCAGGGCAGGGGGCAAUGCUGUGGCAAUGCUGGCCAGGUGUCCCUCACCAGACCAAAGGAAGACUGCACACCUCAGCUGCUGCGUGAAGCCAAGGUGGAAAACCAGGCUGAUGGCAGCAAGACUCACCCUAGCAUGCACCUAGAACCAGAAGAAUCUCCUGGUCCUUACCAGAAACACCAACCUGAGGUUCACAAGCAGCUGUUCAGGCAGCUCCAGGAGGACCUUGCUGGAGAACAGAUGCACCUAGAACCAGAAGAACCUCCUGGUCCUUACAAGAAAUAUCAACCUGAGCUUCAGGAGCAGCUGUUCAGGCAGCUCCAGGAGGACCUUGCUGGAGAACAGAUGCACCUAGAACCAGAAGAACCUCCUGGUCCUUACCAGAAACACCAACCUGAGGUUCACAAGCAGCUGUUCAGGCAGCUCCAGGAGGACCUUGCUGGAGAACAGAUGCACCUAGAACCAGAAGAACCUCCUGGUCCUUACCAGAAACAUCAACCUGAGGUUCACAAGCAGCUGUUCAGGCAGCUCCAGGAGGACCUUGCUGGAGAACAGAUGCACCUAGAACCAGAAGAACCUCCUGGUCCUUACAAGAAAUAUCAACCUGAGCUUCAGGAGCAGCUGUUCAGGCAGCUCCAGGAGGACCUUGCUGGAGAACAGAUAAGCAGGCAAACAACUCCCAUGCUUUACUAUCUUUCUGGGGGGAAAGCCACCAAUGUCCUGCACCACAAAAAGCUUGCCCAGUGUCAGGAGGACUUGAGGAGCUCACCAAAGGAGUCUCCAGCAGGCAGCUCCUCUGCCUCAGCAUGGUGUCUAGAGGUGCAGAGGGAAAGAGAUGAGCUGCAAAGGAGCAGCCACCAGCCCCAGUGCAGUGCUGCUGAGCUGCUGGAGACUGAAGAUCUCGUUCUGGGGAGUCCUGCUUCAUCCACGGAGGAGAGUUUCAAGAAUGACUAUAGAGAGAAGCUUAAAGUGGCUCAGAAGAAGGUCCUGAGAGAAACCUCCUUCAAAAGAAAAGACUUACAGAUGAGUUUGCCUGUCAGACUGAGACAGAAGCCCUCUAAAAGGCCAUCAAUCGAGCACCUCAGGUCUUUCUCCCUCUCCAGUGCAAGCGAGGAUGCCAAAGCUGCUCCUUGUUCCCCUCCUCACCUAGAAUCCCUGGAAAGCUUCAGUAGAGAUGAAGACAUCAGGAGGCCACAAACACGGAUAGGGGGAAGGAAAAGGGUGACCAAGGAGCAGAAGAAACUGUGUUACUCUGAGCCUGAGAAGCUGGAUCAGCUAGCAGACCAGGACCUGCCGUGGGGUCAGGUGAGGGAUGAGAUGGCUGAGCAGGACAUGGUGGCAGCUAGGAGAGGGACUCUGGAGAACAGGGGGAGGGCACUUUCCAGCUCAGGGGUCUCCAGGAUGGAGCUGAAACAAAUCCAGCACACUGCACUCAUUGAGUACAUGGAAAGGAAGAUCAACCAAAGGCCAGGCAGCGCCCGGCCCCUCCCCGUGCACAAGCCACAGCCCCUCCAGAAGAGGCUGCCACAUCCCAAAUGGCCUCCUCCCAAGGCUCCCCAUCCAAAUGAGAGCAGGAAGGUGCAAACUAAUGAGGCUUCCUGCCAAGUUUUCUCUACAGAAGCAUCACCUGAUGUUUUCCCCUCUCUGCCUCUUGUUGCCCCCCUGAACGUGGCCAGUGGGUGUGAUCCCAGUGCUGCUGCUGGUGCAGCCACCUCAGGCCAUGAGCCAGCUCCCAGCCAGGCAGGUGGAAGCUGCACCAGCAGAUGUUCUUCAGCUGAAAGGCUCCUGCAGGCAGGUGGUCCUGUGGCUGGCAGAGCUCCAGAGAGAUCAAAAUCGACUCCUCCUUCCGUGCAGGACACUUCUGGUCCAGCAGCACCAUCUGGGUGUUGUGAGAGCUGUCAUGGUGCCCCCAGCUUCCAUGAUCCUGAGAGAGGUGGAUGGGAGAACCAUGGCUCCAAAGGCAGUGACACAACUGGACUUGGAUGCUGUCACCAUCUGACUCCUCAAACCUCCAUUCCUGCCCCAAGAAGUGGAAGCAAGGAUGAUGCUGAGGCGGAGGAGGAAGGCAGAAAGAAAUCACUGCCUGGCAAUGUGUCAAGUAAGAGCCCAGAGCAGCAGCCUGCAGCUCCUCAGGAGCAAGCAUCCUACUGCCACACAGCGUUGGCUCACCAAGGAGAUAAAGCCACAGACAAAGGUUGGGUUGCAAAGGAAGCUUCCACGCAGAGCAGCCAAGAAGGUCUUCACCCUGAGAGGGAGCCACAUCUGCCCAAAGGCAGACUGCAGUCUCCUGAAGAGCAGCGCUACGAGGAGCUUGCCAUGGAGAUCAUUGCCAAGGACAGUUCUCUGGGUGAUGUUCUCAUGCCUCAUCCUGUCAGCAGCACUGCUCUGCACCUGAUGGAGGGUCUGUUUCCUGUGAGCAUUUCCUUGCUGGGCAGAGCACGCAGGCACCAGCAGGAGCCUGACAGGAAAGGCCACGGAGAUUCAACAGAAGAAUGUUCUGAGGCUGAAGGCAACACCAAGCAAAGGAGCCAAGAGUCUACCCCGAAGGGAAGCCAAGGCCUGACUGGGAGGAGAGGCAGCACAAACGACCUGGAUGACAUCACAUCUAAGAAACGGGAACUCAUCUCCUGCCUGCAGUCAAAGCUGCAGAGGCUGUGGGAGGAAAGGGAGCUGGUCCUCGCCGACGCCCAGCAGUGCUCCAAGCAAGGCGAGGAGCUGGAGGCGCUGGUGAGGGAGCUCUGCAAGCCCAACGAGUUCGAGCGCUACAUGAUGUUCAUCGGGGACCUGGAGAAGGUGGUGAGCCUCCUGCUCUGCUUGUCCACCCGCCUGGCCCGGGUCCAGAACGCCAUCAGCAGGGUCGAUGGCAGCACGGAUGCAGAGGAGAAGCAAUCACUCAGCGAGCGGCACAAGCUCUUGUCCAGGCAGCGGGAAGAUGCCAAAGACCUGAAGGAGAACCUGGACCGCAGGGAGAGAGUGGUCGCCGGCAUCCUGGCCAAGUACCUGACAGAUCAGCAGCUGCAGGACUACCGCUGCUUUGUGCAGGUCAAGACCUCCUUGCUGAUCGAGCAGAAGGACCUGGAGGAGCAGAUUAAGUUCUUUGAGGAACAGUUAGAACACCUGGAGCAAAGCAUCCCCCUCUGACAGCCACCGAUGUUGUCUCCGUCCUUGUACACAGCCUCGGUCGUGACUCGCCCUCGGAAACCCACAGGUGCUCGCUGCCUGUGCUGAAUUCCUGCAAGCCUGGGCACGGUCUGGUGAAUUCCUGCCACCCUUAGAGUGCCACAGGUGCUUGGGUGCUCUAAGCACACCUUGGACAAGCCUUGCCCUUUGGAUGGGCCAACCAAGCAGCAUCCCGCAGCACGCAGCCGUUUGCCAUAGACUGCUCCAGGAUGUGUUGCUCCUAUAGACUCGGUGCCUGCUUCCCCAUCUGGUUGUCUGUCCAUCUGUUUCCAGAUUGACACAAUCUCAAUAAAAGGAGGACAGAAAUAUU